AUGAUUACUAUUUUGUGCACUUUCACAGAAAAGUGUCAAAUCCCGGAUGAAGACUGGGAAGAGCUGGUCGAUCAGUUCCUCGCCAAGAUUCCCAACGAGUACUCGUUCCCCGGUCCUAACGAGGCCACGAAACACAACGAAGUGCUCGCCGGAUUCACAGUCGGUGACAUGACGCUCAGCGGCCUGUCUUAUCUCAAGCGAUAUGGCACUGUACGAGUGUACUGCAAAAACGGAAAGCCGCACGUCGACACCAGCAUGGGCUCGCAGGCCCCGGUUAAGAUGUCCAUUCCCUGGAAGUACUGUGGUGGCAAGAGUGGUCUCUUGGGCACCCAGGCGAAUCACGUCAAGAUCUGCAUCGGCUUCGACGUUGUGGAAGAGGGCGGCAAGGUGGCGCUCAAACCAGUCAGGGUGUCACCCAAGUGGAUAGAGUCCAUGGACAUCAAGGUAGAGGGCGCCGGAGAGGUGGUCAACACGGUGGGACACUUGAUGGGAAAACUCAUGCCGGCGUUUGUCAAGGAUUUCUGGAUCGAGAACCUGCCCUGGAGAAUGCACAAAAUGCUCGAGCAGAUAACGAAAUAAACGAAUUUGGCUUGAA